ACAAAACAAACAGUUGCGCCUACACUCCUAACCCAAAGUAUUGUAACUUUCGCAGUUCCAUCGAUUACUUAAGUAACCCGCAGCUCUACCCACCGCUGAUUAGAUAAGGUUCCGGCGAGCGGGAGAGCCGGAGAACUCCGGACUCUCCCACGACCCUAAAAAAUACAUUUUGUGUGCGUUCAGUGCCAAGGCGAUAGCUAGUUCGACUGGUAAUUGCUAGUGAAAACAGAAAGGAACCAUGUUGACCGAAUUCGCUGGCAAUCUUUCGCAUCCGCUGGAGUUCGGACAUGUUCUGGAGGUCGUGGCCAAGACCAUCGACGGAGCAGCCAGGUUCCACAUUAACCUCUGCACGGCCAAGAGCACAGUGGAUCCGAACGCAGACAUUGGGCUACGCUUCUCUUGCUAUUUUCGCAAUGAUGUGAUUGUAAGGAACACCCGGGUGAGCGGCGUCUGGGGUGAAGAAGAGACGCAUGUCCAGGACCCCAACACGCUGCCCAAUCCCAUCGUUAGUGGCGAGUUCUUCCUGGUAUAUAUCUUGUGCUGCGAAGAUAGCUUCGCCAUCUCCAUAAACAGUCGGGAGUACUGCAAGUUCCGCUACCGCUUGCCAUUGGGAGCUCUACGUGCUCUGGAGAUCCGUGAUCAGAUCCAGGUGAUCAAGCAGGUGGAUCACCGCACUGUGUUUCCCAAUCCCUGGCCCGCCAUUCACGCCUCGGAUUACUUUAAGGCAUUUAGUAACGACCAGCCGAUUUUGUUUAGUCCUGGCCAUGUGAUCGUCCUUACAGCUCGCUGCUUUGAGAACAAGAAGGGCCAGUUCAUCCUCAAGUUUAUGGACUCGGACACAAAGCGCGAGGAGCUUCACUUCAGUGUGCGCUUCGAUGAAAAGACGGUAGUGCGCAACUCCAUGAACAAGAACUUUGAAUUCGGAAACGAGGAGCGCCAUGGUGGCUUUCCUUUCGUCUUUAACCAGCAGUUUAAACUGGCGCUGGCCUUUACGGACCGGGAGGUUCUCACAGCGGUGGAUGGUUACAACUUCUUCAGCUAUGCAUGGCGUACACCCAAAGCCAUGAUGAAUCUAGUGGGUUUCAAGGUAACCAGUAUUAAUGGCCUGGUGGUGCAGAUAACUGGUGUGGAUCACCUUCAGACGGGGGACCCCACUUGCGCUGGCUUUGAGAAGUAUUCGCGCCAUGACUACGAGUGUGUCUAAUAACCGUUUACCCAAAGUACCUAAGUCUGAAAAUACAUGUGCUAUCUUAAAUACUAAAA